CGGCGGACCCAGCGACUGGGAACCCUUGGCCUCCGGGCGCCUGCGUGGUCUGGCCCUAGACCAGGGGAAACCUGACUGCGAGCGGAGACUCUUCGGGUCGCCGGGCGCCGGGCACCCCGCCGCUGUCCCUCCCUCUUUCCGCCUGGCUCGGCUCCCGCCUGCCUCCACUGCUCGCCAGCCGAGCGCAGCUGCGCCUGGUGCCCAGAGCAGCUCGGAGGUGGCCCCAGGACUUCCCAGAGGGGGAUCCACGAGACCCGGAGGUUCAGGAACGAAUGAAAAUGAAAACAAUCGCCUAUAGCAAGUCUUUUGUUUCCAUACAAAAUCCUGUACAAAGCUGGACUAACACACUAACUCAGAAUCCCCAGGUGUGAGAGCAGAAAAACAGACUUAAAAGCUGAACAGGAUGCGUUCAGGGCGCACCGUCUCUGCCAUCGGUCUCCUCAGCUUGUGUCUUGUGGUGUGCAUGAGCCUAGAGACUAUCCCACCGUCUGCUUUUGAUGGGUAUCCAGAUGAACUGUGCACUAUAAACAUAACCAUACGAAAUUCCCGGCUAAUUUUAUCCUGGGAAUUAAAAAACAAGUCUGGGCCAUCCGCUAACUACACCCUCUGGUACACAGUCAUGAGCAAAGACGAAAAUCUGACGAAGGUUAAGAACUGUUCAGACACCACGAAGUCAUCAUGUGACGUGACAGAUAAGUGGUUGGAGGGCAUGGAGAGCUACGUCGCCAUCGUCAUAGUGCGUAGAGGGGACUUGACCGUGUGCCGCUGCUCAGACUACAUGGUGCCUGCAAACGCUCCUCUUGAGCCACCAGAAUUUGAGAUCGUUGGCUUUACAGACCACAUAAACGUGACGAUGGAAUUUCCACCUGUCACUUCCAAGAUAAUCCGGGAAAGGAUGAGGUCUACACCCUUUGUCAUCAAAGAGCAGAUAGGGGACAGCGUUAGGAAGAAGCACGAGCCCAAAGUGAAUAAUGUCACUGGGAACUUCACAUUUGUCCUUAGAGACUUACUUCCAAAGACAAACUACUGUGUAUCUCUUUAUUUUGAUGAUGACCCCGCAAUAAAAUCUCCCUUAAAAUGCAUCGUCCUUCAGCCUGGCCAGGAAUCAGGAUUAUCAGAAUUUGCCAAAGUAGGAGGAAUUACUUCGUGUUUGAUAGUGAUGGUUUUCGUGAGCACUAUCAUAAUACUGAAACGGAUUGGUUAUAUAUGCCUAAAAGACAAUUUGCCCAAUGUCUUGAACUUCCGUCACUUUUUAACCUGGAUAUUCCCUGAACGGUCACCUUCAGAAGCCAUCGAUCGGCUGGAAAUCAUCCCCACAAACAAGAAGAAGAGACUGUGGAAUUACGAUUAUGAGGAUGGCAGUGACAGUGACGAAGAGGUCCCCACAGCAAGUGUCACUGGCUACACCAUGCAUGGACUGACGGGCAAGCCUCUGCAGCAAACCUCUGACACCUCAGCCAGCCCCGAGGAUCCCCUGCAUGAAGAAGAUUCAGGGGCUGAGGAAUCUGAUGAAGCUGGAGCAGGGGCUGGAGCUGAGCCACAACUCCCCACAGAGGCGGGAGCGGGGCCUUCAGAAGACCCAAGUGGCCCCUAUGAGAGAAGAAAGAGUGUGCUCGAGGACUCAUUCCCCAGGGAGGACAACAGCUCCAUGGAUGAGCCUGGGGACAACAUUAUCUUCAACGUGAACUUAAACUCUGUGUUUCUGAGGGUUCUCCAUGAUGAAGAUGCCUCAGAGACGUUAUCUCUCGCAGAAGACACCAUCCUCCUAGACGAAGGUCCCCACAGGACAGAGUCAGACCUUCGGAUAGCUGGUGGGGACAGGACACAGCCGCCCCUCCCCAGCCUUCCUUCCCAGGAUCUAUGGACUGAAGAUGGGUCAUCUGAGAAAUCAGACACCUCGGAUUCCGACGCUGAUGUGGGGGACGGCUACAUCAUGAGAUGACUCCAAAGCGGUUCACUGACUGGCGCUGGGCACCUACAGGGUUUCUCUUCAGAGCCCGACUUGAUGCCUUGUGGUCUCCAGGUGUCUGUGACCGAGGGACUAAAGAACUCUACAGCCCUCUUGGCCCUUGCUGGAUGGCCUUCUCUAUGCAGAUUGCCAAUUUGGGCAUCAGGAUUGUUUACAGGGGUCAUGAGUGUGACCUGCCCACCCCCUUUCCACUAAUGCACUAAGGUGGUUUGUGUUACGUUUCCCAGGGAACAGGUUCAGUGUGGUUUUCAGAGGCAGCCCAAGGUCUCCUAUCCCCGUAUUGUUUCUAGGAAAUGAUUAAAUUGGGGGGGAGAAAAAGGGAAAGAAAAACUGGCCAAGCAGUGUUCAGGAGGACUCCAGGAAUGAACCUGAAAGGGGGCGGAAGGGGCAGAGGUAAGGCAUGCUGAGCUGGCUGCUGGCACAAGAAAAGCCAUCAAGGUUUGAGACACCCCCCC